CAACAGGGAACUCGUUUUUUGCUUAGAAGUCAAGUGAAACAGGAGUGCAAUAUGAAAAUCAAUAAUGAACAUGUGCCCUUGACUAGUAUUACAGUGGAAAAUUCAACGUGUUGAAGAACUGCUUUUUCAAAGUACCCACUUAUCUAAAUCUUGCAUCUUAAGUCUGAAGUCAAAGAAGCAUCAACUAUGAAUAUGCAUCAUUAAUUCAUUUGGCAACUACUAUGGUCCAGUUCAAUGAACACGGAACGCUCAACUAAAACAGCCCUUUUCAGAUUAACAAAUUAACUCCGCUGUACAAGGAUUUGGCAGAACGGUUUCUUUGGACCUCCAUCUUCAGAUGGAAAAAUCAAGAAUCUCAGUCAGACCCUUCAAACUUUCUGAUGCAGAGGACUUCUUGACCUGGGCAAGUGAUGAUCAGGUAACACAGUAUCUGAGAUGGAACACAAUUUACACCAUCGAAGAAGCCUUGAAGUAUAUUCAGGAGGUUGCAAUACCUCAUCCAUGGCGCCGGUCCAUUUGCCUGGAUGACCGUUCGAUCGGAUACAUUUCAAUCAAGCCAGAAUCAGGCAGUGAUAGACACAGAGCUCAUGUUGGAUAUGCAAUUAGCAGUGAGUACUGGGGACAAGGAAUAGUCACUGUAGCAUUGAAAAUUGCCAUUUCUAGCGCGUUCAAAGCGUUCCCCUUUUUGGUAAGGCUUGAAGCAUUGGUGGAGGAAGAAAAUAAAGGGUCACAAAGGGUGCUAGAAAAGGUUGGUUUUCUGAAAGAAGGUUUUUUAAGGAAGUAUGGAUACAAUAAAGGUAAAAUAAGAGAUAUGAUAAUAUAUAGUUUCUUGGUUACGGAUAAUAUUUGGUUGCCUGAGGAUUCAGAUCAAGAUAGCUAGCCCUGCUGAAGAUGUGUUUGCAUUCUCUGGGAGAAAAUGGAAGAGCUUCAAGAAUGAGAUAUGGAUGUUGUACAGCAUUUGAAAAACAUUCAAAAUUCCGUUAGAUUACGAUUGGUUUCUGUCUAGUUAAUAAAGUAGGACCUUCAAGUUAUCUCUGACAUGACAUCUAAACUACUUAAAGCCGCGAAGCCUGAUGAAUAGUUGAUUGUGCCGGUUUUGCUGUGGUUUCGCGGCUCAUUUUGUCCUUUUUGGUCCUUUCGCAGCUCCCCUACAGCCGUUUUGGCUGCUGCUGCCUUUUUGCUCAUUUCUGCUUUUGUUUUCUUCUUCCAAUUCUGCCCUUCUCUUGGUUUCUUUGUAAUUUUGUGUUCAAUUUUGUCCUUUUGUUUGCUGCCCAUCCUUUGUUGGUUCAAUUGUUAUCCGAGGCUUUUGUUUGCUGUUCAU